UUCGCUUUCCCCGCACGCGGCUUACUCUUGUUGCUGCUGCUUCGUCGUCGUUGUUGUAGGGGACGCGGCGCCAUCAAUUAAAAACAACAGCCAAAAAAAGCAACCCCCCCCUCGCGCGCAGGAAGCCCGACACGCACGCUCGACCGCACAACCCCGCCCGUCAAAUCAUGUCUUGGGACGGCUACAUCGGGAGGCUGAUGGUGAGCGGCAUGGAGAAGGACGCCGUCAUUGUGGGACUGGAAUCGAAGACUGUGUGGGCGCAUCACCCGGGCAGCUACCUGCGAAACAUCACGCCUGCAGAAGUGGCCCUGCUGUCUGCGCCAAACCGUGAUGGGUUGCUUACAAACGGCAUAACGUUGGCCGGGCGGAAGUGCUCCGUCAUCCGCGACCGCCUUGACAUAGAAGAUGAGCACACCAUGGACUUGCGCACCAAGGCCGACGGGCACAGUAGUACGACCUUUAACAUCGCCAUCGCCAAGUCCUUGCAAACUCUGGUAAUGGUGGAAGGAAAGGAAGGCAUUCACGGAGGGCUUCUCAAUAAGACUGCAUUCGACGUGGCGGAUUACUUGCGGAAAGCUGGGUAUUAAGGGCAAAGCCCCCCCCCGAGGGGAAGGAUGAAAUGAAAAAAAUGGCAACCUUAUCGCCUACUUGUAUCGCUAACCCAAACUGGUCAAUUGAUAAACGAAAAAAAAAACUAUAUACACACGAUAUAUAUACAUACAAACACGAGGAGAAAAUAAAUACAAUUUGAUAAAAGUGCAUUGUCCGUGUGCCCCCCCCCCCCCCCUUACUCCCGCUGUAUUUUGCUACACGUCAACCUGCACCGUCGCCAAUGCCCCCUGCCGCUGCUCGAUUUCGAACGGGUCUGGCCACAGCGCGCGGCAGUUUUGCGUCUCUCUUUAAAAGCAGCGGCGGUGGCGCUUCCUCUGGGGGGGGGGGGGGGGGGGGGGGGGUGGUUGGUGGGGGUGGUGGGGGGGGGGGUUGUUUUUACUAAAAAAAAAAUGGGUGGAAAAAAAGUUCUAAAAAAUGUAAAAAAAAACAAAUUAGAAAAAAAACUUAAAACAAAAGAAAUUGACAAGGCUCGCAUCACUUCAAGGCAACAAUGCAAAAUCAAAUGCAAUAAACGAUUACAGUUCAAAC